GUGCAUCAGCACAGGGAGGGCAGCACAGAGGUUACUUAAACAGUAAUCAAGUAUCCAGCUGUCACUUUGCAGUAUUCAUGGCUCGGUCUGUUUCUUGUGGAUCUGCAGGGCAGCAGCACUGGGAGUUGAUGGAACUGGCCCGGGCUGUGAUUGGGCCACUGAAGAGUGGACUCUGUUCCUUCAACACUGUCUCAGAGAUGCUCCUCAGUAUAGAUGCAGACAUGGUCCUUCCUGGAUGCCAGUACUUUGAUGAUAUCAGACGACAGAUUAAGAACAUGAAGCAGAGGAUGGAAGAGUCAGAGCAGAUAGCCAGAGUAGAGCUUCAACGAGUGGAUAGGGUGACUGAGUCUCUUACUGCAGAGCAGAGUGUUUUAGCAAGGCAGAAAAGUCAGAAAGAGGGUGAGUUACAGAACUUGAAUACACAGCUGAGCUCACACCAAUCCUCUCUAAGGAGUUACAGUAAUGCUCUAGAUACAGAGAGGACAAACCUGAGGUCAGCAGAAGACACCCUGGACAACAUGAGGGCGAAGAGAGAUGAGGCAGAGAGAGUACGGAACGCAGGGAUUGGUGUCAUGUUUAUCCCAAUUGUGGGUUGGAUUGCUGGAGCAGUUAUGGUUGGUGUUGGUCAAUCGGACAUGGACCAGGCCUCUGAUGCUGUAGACAAAGCUAAUCAGGAGGUACAGAGCUGUGAAUCUCAGUUGAACUCAUACUCUUACAAAGUGAAUCAGUACAAUUCCUUGAUCUAUCAGGUUGAGCUUGACAUCAGAGAGGCUGACAAUAAGAUUCAUGAGACGGAUGCCAAACUGCGGGAUAUGUCUGUGAAGCGGGGGGUUGUUGCUGAUAUUCAGGAUAAAAUGAGACGAGCUGUCAAUCAGCUGGGUCUGGUGUGUGGGGUGGGGAGUGCGGCAGAGCUGCAGACCCGACACCUGAUCCUGCUGGAGCCUGUGAUGAAGCUGCUGGAGGAGAUGACAACAGUACUGGGCCAGGGCACUGGAAAUGAGCUGCUUCACACAGAAGGCAUACAGAGCCUGAUGUGGGAAAUGAAGAAGAACCACAAGAAACUUAAAGAACGCGCUUCCGCCAAUAAUAGUAUCGAAGAUGCUUACAUAUGAUUUGCCAUUCUCUCACCCUCUUUGCUGUGAUGUGGUUUGUUUUGUUCAUUGCUUCAUAGAACUUUUUUUCAUGUUAGAGAUUUGCAGGUGGUAUGCUGUGAUGAGGCGAGUAGUUUUGGUGGAAAAAUAAACAUGUUUUUCUUGUUUGAUGAAUGAACAUGAAUCAUCCAUUAAGUUGCCGACCUGAAGUGUUUUGCAGUUCAAGAUAACGCUGGACCUGGCAGCAAGGGCGUAGGUUUGCAAAUGGACUAUAUUUGAAUUAAUAUUUAAAUGUGAAUAUAGAUCAUUUGUUAAUAAACCAUUCUGUUGACAGCAUGAAAAAGCCCUCCUUGUUUUGGAAGGGUUGAUGCAUCCCUACCAAUGUUGAAACCAAACCUUUGCCCUCGCCUGGCAGUGACGGUUUUAACACGUCCGUUGUAGUAUUUGUAUUUUUCUCACUUCAGAUAGAUACUUGUUUUUUCUGUUCCCUUCUAAUUCCUUGUAUGUGCAAAUUUACUUGGGGAUAAAUCAGAUUGCUUUA